AUGGGUGCUCACAACGGGCAACUCCCUGAAACCCUGCUCGUUGUACCUAACGGAGGUGCAUCGCGUCUCAGUGCCCAGGUUUCUGGCCACACGGGGGUUUGCGUGCGUCCUUUCGGCACCUUCAACCAUAACAUUGGUCCUCACAAGUCGGACCCCCCGGCUAGCGAAAAGCCGCUCUAUUUGAAUCGUUUUGACCAAGCAAAUGAUCCAGCCCUCUUCCAGCUCGAGGCGCAGCAGCUGGAGGCGAAGGGCAUGCUGAAGGAGCAAUGCAAGGACGCCAUUGAUGCAGCCGAUGUAGUCCAGCCAUCUAACCACCCCCACCAACGCAAGGGCCUUCUGAAGCGCAUGCGCUACUGGCACUACCACCAGACAGCCGAGCCGACCUUUCCUAAGACGCCAGAUCUGAGCAAAGGAGAGCUGGCGGCUGGCGCAAAUGUGGUCCGUACGUCUGUAUGGGCUACGCCUGAUGAGCCGGCUGUGGUCUCUGUUGGGCGUUUUGCACCCGAUAACUUCCGUGCCGCAGGCUAUGCCGAGAACGCCCCUGUCCCUACCAGCAUAAACAGCGAUGCGCACCCAGACUUCCGAGACUACCGCCUGGGCAGCGGCUCCCCAGAUAGAAGGCCCUUCAUGUACUUCUUGAGCGCAUCAUACUUCUUUAUCGGAGCCAGCAUGAUGAGAAGCCUGCUGUGCAAGAUGGUUCACUUCUGGUGGGUUAGCAAGGACCUGAUGGCUGCGGGUACCACCGAAAUCGACCUCAGACCGAUUGAAGUGGGAACGACAGCAGUCUUCAAGUGGAGAGGCAAGCCCGUCUUCGUGAGGCACAGGACUGCUGAGGAGAUCGAGCGGGCUCGUGCGGAUGACUUGGUGGUUGGCACAAUGAAGGACCCCCAGACGGACGCUGAGCGCUGCCCCCGUCCAGAAUGGCUGAUUAACAUCGGAGUUUGCACCCACCUCGGCUGCAUCCCGAUUGAAGGCGGCAGUUAUCAGGGCUGGUUCUGCCCGUGCCAUGGCUCGCAUUACGACAUUUCAGGCCGCGUUCGCCAGGGUCCGGCGCCUACCAAUCUUGAGAUUCCCGAGACGGUUUUCCUGGACGAUCUUACGGUGAAGCUGGGAUAA